CAUCACCAAGAGCAACAGCAGCAUUACCAGCAGCUCCAGCGACAACUGAGCCAAAAUGACCGACAUGAACAUGAUGGGCAAGAUCACCUUCUACGAGGACAGGAACUUCAUGGGACGUUCCUAUGAGUGUAUGAAUGAUUGUUCCGACAUAUCCUCCUACAUGUCCCGCUGCCACUCCUGCAGGGUGGAGAGAGGCUGCUUCAUGGUCUACGACCGCACCAACUACAUGGGUAACCAGUACUUCAUGAGGAGGGGCGAGUAUGCCGACUACAUGAGCAUGUUUAACUGGAGCGACAGCAUCAGGUCCUGUCGUAUGAUCCCCAUGUACAGAGGAAACUACAGGAUGAGGAUCUACGAGAGGGACAACUUCGGUGGCCAGAUGCAUGAGAUGAUGGAUGACUGUGACUCUAUCAUGGAUCGUUACCGCAUGAACAACUGCAUGUCCUGCAACGUGAUGGAGGGCCACUGGCUGAUGUACGAGCAGCCCCACUACGGAGGCAGAAUGUGGUACAUGAGGCCUGGCGAGUACAGGAACUUCCACCAGAUGAUGGGCGGCAUGGGAGGCAUGGGCGGCAUGGGCAACAUGAGCUUCAUGAGCAUGAGGCGCAUCAAUGACUCUUUCUACUAGACAAUGUUUAAAUUCUGAUAUGCAUGAUAUGAAGAUCUCAAUAAAUUAUUGCUAAAAAAAGAAUUUUUC